UACAUACAACAACCGAACAACUUAUAACUCGCAUUAUUAUAUCCUACUUGUAAUCAUGAAGAUACCUUACGUAAUAUCGACGAACACACGUGAUGCAUAUAGGACGUCGGAAACCAUGAAGAAUUCUCCAGGCGAGGCUACUCGCAAAGUAUUGGCCGAAGACUUCGAAUGGGACGACGGCGUGACACCUCCUCCUUUGACGUAUUUUGCUGCACUUCACCUUUCUAGGAUAUUCCACAGGAUAAACCCGCUCCACAGAAUUCUCCAGAAAGAUGUCAACAUGCUCAUGGAUUUAUUUCCCGCAAAUAUUCCCCUCAAAUGCAGUGUACCUCUUAUAAGGGACGAACAAUACUGGAAAAGGUCUUUUUAUUAUAAAUUUCCUUCACGAGUGGAAUUAGGAGUGACAUUUUGGAAAGGAAAGUUUUUAUCUGCGUGCCUCCAGGAUUACCUUGAAAAUGCAAAUCCGGAUGUUUUCUUAGAAGAUGAAGCUGCGGAACUUGCAGCUCUAGUAAGCCCAUACAUAUACUUUUUGGGUUUAAACCAACUUCAAAUAGUGUAUCAACCGACACCUCCAAUCCCAAAAGAAUCUGUUGUUGAAGAUACGUGUCCUUUUAGCGUCGAGAAGUUAUAUAACCACAUCCCACUCGAACCAGUGUUGGCCAAGCUUUACAACCUUGAAGAAAUAUCCCUUGUAUUUGGAAUAAACAAUGUUCAAGAUGGAUACUUGACGAGAUAUUUUGAAUUCAGCCCAGCUGAUUGUGAAUCUUUAUGUCGAGGACUGAAAGAGUUGCGACACUUGAAAAUUUUUCGUAUCAAUCGUAGCAACUUAGAUUGCUUGAAAGUGAAGAUAUUAUUGCAACAUCUUGUUGAAAAGCCGACUAUUGAAGAGUUAGAUUUUAAUCACUGUAAGAUUGGUGAUUACGGGAUGAAUGCAUUGGGGGGUUUUAUUUCUAUUCACACAAAUGUAAAGCGAGUGCGAGUCGCAAAUAAUCGGUUCAAAUCUGUGCAAGGCAUCGCUUACGCUCUACAGAUGAAUCCUGCGGCGCCUAUUGAGCUAUUGGAUUUCAGUUUGAACCCCAUGUCCAUAGAGUGCGCGACAAUGUUCGCAGCAGCGUUCGUGCGGUGCAAAGUGAAACCUCAAACACUAAUAGUAAAUUCUUGCGGUUUUUAUGGAGUGUCUGCUGAAAAGAUGGCGGGUCUCCUUAGUCUCAAUCGCGGAUUAACAAGGUUGGACAUGGCCGCCAACGAUUUGUCUGGGGAGGCGGAAGAGACACUCAUUCGCGCCUUGGAGCGAAACAAAGUUGUCCUGAAAGUGGAUUUGCGUAGAACAAAUAUAUCGGAAGCCACUCAGGCUCGGGUGAACGAGCUACUACUCCGGAAUAAGCUGAUGUUGGGCGAAGAAAGAGAACCUAGUGAGGAGAUUCCACCGCUGUACCUUGGAGAGCCAGAGUACCUCAUCUGGGAGUACAAUCCGAACAACCCGGACUACAUACCUGGCCGUUAUCCGGAGCGGGUUCCAGAAGUGUGAAUGGUACGGUUUUGAUUUUUUGAUUGAGGCUUAUGGCUGAUGCGCAACGGGUGGCGAAGU